AUGCAGGUCAUCUUCAAGGACUUCAAGAAGGAUAAAAUACCGCUGGAAAUUGAGCCCACCGACACGAUCAUCUCAGCCAAAGAGAGAUUGGCUGCCACCAAAGAGUGCGAGACCUCUCAACUCAAGUUUGUUUAUUCUGGCAAAGUACUUCCAGAUGACAAGACCUUUGAGGCUUAUAAGGUCAAGGAGAACGAUCAGAUCAUCUUCAUGAUUUCGAAGGCCAAAAAGCCAAUUGUCGCCGAGGCUCCAGUCGCAAGUGCUGUGGCUGCUGAGGAGCCCGCUCCAGUUGCAGAGGCACAACCAGAGACCCCUGCGGAACCUGUGGCUGCAGCCUCUACAGCCGCCUCUACAGCCGCUACCGCAGGAGCUGUUGAUUUGACCGCUUCGUCGUUUGUGACCGGCGAGGAAAGAGAAGCUGCGAUCCGUGGAAUGAUAGAUAUGGGCUACGAGCGUUCUCAGGUGGAAAGGGCUUUGGCUGCUGCUUUCAACAACCCGCUUAGAGCUGUAGAGUAUCUUUUGUUUGGCAAUCCAGCCACCGAGGAUGCCGACGUCGAAGUCGAAGCUGCGGCUGAAGAGACUCAGGAACCUGAUCGUGAAGAGAGACAGCAAUCUGUCAACCUGUUUGAAGCUGCUGCUGCUGCUGAGGGAUCGCGCGGCGGGUCGGAAGGAGUCUCUGAUGCUGACCGCAUACGGCACCUACAGGAGAUCAUCCAGACCCAGCCUGAGAUGCUCGAAUCAAUACUGCAACAGAUUGCCAGUUCGAAUCCACAGUUGGCACAGGUGAUCCAGGAGAACCCAGAGCACUUUGCCAGGAUGUUGCUAGAGAAUGCUGGUGACGAUGAGGCGUUUGCUGAAGGUGCUCAACUGGAGGGCGAAGGAGAGGAAGGCUUGGUGCAGAUACAAAUAACUCAGGAUGAGAAUGCCGCCAUUGACCGUCUUUGCGAGCUUGGUUUCGACCGGAACCUCGUGAUUCAGGUAUAUUUUGCAUGUGACAAGAACGAAGAGAUGGCUGCAAACCUGUUACUGAGCGAGCACAUGGAUGGGUAA